GAGCCCGGCCGUGCUGAGCCGGGCCGGGCCGAGCCGGGCCGGGCCGGGCCAUGGCCACCUGGCGGCGGGACGGCCGGCUGACCGCCGUGCAGCGGCUGGGCUGCGCCGGGCUGGCGGGCGCGCUGAGCCUCAGCCUGACGGCGCCGCUGGAGCUGCUGACGGUGCUGGCGCAGGUGGGCACCUGGCACUGCCGGCAGGGGCUGCGAGGAGCCGGGAGCAGCCUGUGCCGAUCCGAGGGGCUGCGGGCCCUCUGGAAGGGGAACUUCACCGCCUGCCUGCGGCUCUUCCCCUACAGCGCCCUGCAGCUCGCCGCCUCCCGCCGACUUGUUAUCCUUUUCACGGAUGAGUUGGGUCAUAUUUCCCACUGGAGGGCCAUCAUAGCAGGAAGUCUGGCUGGCAUGGUUGCAACCAUUGUGACUUACCCUACUGAUGUAAUUAAAACCCGGCUCAUUGUGCAGAAUCGCCUGGAACCAUCUUAUGAAGGAAUUCUUCAUGCUUUUUACAAAAUUUGUCAUCAAGAAGGACUUCUUGCACUUUACCGUGGUGUUUCACCAGCUAUAUUAGGUGCUGUUCCAUUUUCUGCAGGCUCAUUCUUUGUUUACAUCAAUCUGGACAAAAUCUGGCGAGAACCCGUAGUUCGUUUCACUCCUCUCCAGAACUUCAUCAACGGCUGUGUAGCAGCUGGGGUAGCACAGACGCUUUCUUUCCCCUUUGAGACUGUCAAGAGGAAGAUGCAGGCGCAGAGCCCUUGGCUUCCCCACUACGGAGCGGUUGACGUGCAUUUCACUGGCAUGGCUGACUGUUUCCGGCAAACUGUGAAGAACAAAGGUGUACUCGGACUUUGGAGUGGACUCACACCCAGUCUGCUCAAGAUUGUUCCAUAUUUUGGUGUUAUGUUUAGCACCUUUGAAUUCUGCAAGCGGGUCUGUCUGUACAGAAAUGGCUAUAUCGAAUCCCCUUUAAGUUACAAGCUAACUCCUGGCGUGGAUCAGAGUUUACAGCCACAAGAACUGAGAGAAUUAAAGCUCCUCCGAAGAGAAAACUUUGAGCCAAGAAAAUCAGCUCUUGAAAACUGACAUCAGAGUGUUCAUUGCAGAAGCUUUUUCUUCAGAAACUUUGCAAGAAAGACAUGCUAAGCUACAGGUACCAGCAUCUCACCAGAUUGCAUGGUUUUAGGAUUGAGAUACUGGUGUGAGGGAUGACUAAAUCUUGUGUCUCAUUUCCUGAAAAGAUACAAAGAAUAUGAAUAUCAAGCACACACUGAAGAGGAGAGAUGCAACUAGUUUGAAAACACUAUGCUACUGCAACUUGAACUGAUAAUAUACUAGGUGCUUUUUGGUGCUGAAUGGCCGUUCUAAGAUAAAACCACUUGCAGAGAGCUUGAGAACUGAGAUGAGUACAAGCUGCAUCUUCAGAAUAUUGAGAAAAUUCACAUGGAUUUUUUGAAGUAACCUGAGCAAGUCAUCAGAAAAUGAUAAACAGACUAUAGACUAUAUACAACAUGCAAGCAUUUCUACUGAAAUAUUUUUUUUUUAUUUUAAGUGAUAAUGUGUGGACAUGGCAUUCUGCAGAUACAGAAUUAGUCCUGGUUCAUUCGCACUCCAGAAUCCACUCUUCAGUUUUUGAGCCUUACUUGAGAAUGAUAAUUUUGUACAAGUCUUUGGCAUAACAAUGAAAAUAUGCUGCUGCAACUGUGUUCUUGCUAAUGGACUGUAAUACACUGGAAUGACAAUCUUGCAAACUUAAGUGCAUACUAGAAAACCUUUCCCCAUUUCUCCUGUGUUGUUACUGCAUGUAUGUGAAUUAUUUCAGGCUUAGAAAAAAAAAGUUUUCCUGAAAUUCUCUGAAAUAUUUCCUGAAAAAUGCAGUCCUUAUAUUUGUUAGAUAUCUCAGAGCCACGAGCCUUGUGAUGUUUUUCAGCAUUCUUAAAGCUCUAUUUUUACAUUAAACUACUUUCUAGUUCCUGUGCACAG